AUGAGAGAAAUGAAUCCGAAUGAGAAUGUUCCUCAAAAAUAUUGCAGUUGCGACAAUUUGUUCAAGAGUCAAGGAGGGUGUGUAUUUUGCAAUUUGAAUUUGCUUGUCGACUCACGAGGGCCUUCGACUUUUCUUCAGCAUUUGACAUUCUUCGUCGAUUAUGUCACGACCGCAAUGAUUGAAGAAUUUUUGCGGCAUAUUGAGUACAGAAAAAUUAUGUUCGCUCUUCUCGAGUCGUACAUAAUCUUUGGUACACAAGUCGGAUAUCGCGAAGAACCAGGUGAAGAAGCAAAAUUCAUUCUGCAAGGAGCAUUCUCGCAAUUCUUCGGCCUUUUUGGAGAUGUUCAUUUUGAAAUGCUAGACGCGUUUACGAAGGAAACUAUAUCGAAGAUCGAAAAGCAUACGAUUCCGAUGCAAGAAGGCGUCGUCUUUCUCGCCACUGUUUUUACGAAUAUCAAAGAAGAGCACUACCCACUUGAGAGAUACAGUGGUCUGCUUCAUCAUCUACGAGAAGAUAUCGAAGAUGUGGUCAUGACUUCUCCAUUCUUCACUUUCCGGCCGGGAUUUAUGAAAGCCCUCCAUCUCCUCAAGAUGCCUGUCAAUCUCAAAGAUGGCUUUGCAUCUGCUGUCCUCAAGCAAAUCCUAACUACGGAUGACAUCGGAGAUCAGGACCUCAGCUGGAUGUGCAUGAUCAUUCACAACAUUCCACCAGGAGAGAUCGAUCAAAAGUUCUUCAAACAGUCCAUUCCAGCUAUCUUGAAUCGGCUGAGAGCCAAGGCUUCCUCUGGAGAGUUUUCAGUGCUCCGCGUUUGUGUUUUAAAAUUUCCAGGAAUGCUGGACGAUUUUUUGCAGAUGGAUUUUAUGGACAUCGUUGGAGACUACCUCUUCAGCUUCAAGGAAAACCCGAAUUGCAUGGAAAUAUCCACUUUCAAGAAGAAAUGCCUUUCUUCGACAAAUACUACUAUAACAGCGUUAUCCCCGCUUUGCAUCACAUCGUCGGACUCUUUUCGGAUGAAAAUGGAGACUUGGAAGCGAGCCAUUUUCGCGGCCCUGCGCCGGAAAGUGGGACCUUACUUCUAUCGAUAA